ACCAUCUCUUGCUGGACUAACACCCAAGAUAUUGCGUCGACAGGAGAAAGUUCUGUAGCCUACCUUAGACAACAACAUUCAGUGUGGGGCUAAAUACACGAUGAUUCAAACGGUGGACUCAACGAGCAAACUGGCAAAGGAUGACAGUCGUGAUAGUUUUGUUAUAGUAAGGAAAAGAGAGUUGGAGAUGUUGACCACGGAAGUCAUGCAGCUCCGUGAGUUCCUGCCCAAAGUUAAUGGGGAUCUGGUAGAAAUUAUGCAUAGAUCCCGUACUGCACAAACAAUGACAAAUCAACUUGCCCAGGAUCAAGAACAGCUGAAGCAAGAGUGCUUGCAUCUCCGUUCAAGACUGGAUGCAGCUCAGAGUGAGUGCCAGAAAGAGAGGGAGGAGAAGCUGGUUCUGAGGGAGCAGCUUUGGGAAGGCCGGGAGCAGCUCCAGCAACAGGCUGAGUUCUGCACAGGGCUCGGGGCCUCCGCCUGCACCCUGCUGUGGAGUGCCUCCAGCAAGGAGGACGCUGUCAAAGACAUCCUAGCCGAUGGUAAGCUGGAGUCCUUCCUGACCCUAGCAGGUCAGACUCUGGAGAGCUUUGUCAAGUCUAUGGAUGGGGAGGCUGUGAAUGAAAAGCAGGACUUUAACUCCCAUGAGCACCAGUUUGUCAUGGCCUUGGCUGGAGUCAUCACCAAUGUGGCCGCUGUAACGUGUGGGCGGGACUUCCUGUCUAGCUCAGCCCACGUCCUGUUAGACACUCUGAUGCAGCUACUGGAGCUUAUGAAGACUGGGGUGUUCCCCAAGCUAAAAGUGUUGAUGCUAAUGGCUUUAUACAACGUCAGCAUCAGUGUGAAGGGACUGAAGUACAUCAGCGAGAGCCCAGGACUUCUCCCUCUCAUCUGGACCCUUCUGGAAGAUGGUGACCAAGAAGUCUGUCUCCACUCCCUGCGCCUGCUCCAGUCUCUGCUGUUGGAGGCGGAGGUUGUGGCCCUGAUGCGCCCAGGGGUACUGGACCCUCUCCCUCUAGCCCGCAUCCGCCAGCUGGCCUCCAGCCGCCACCCUGCCCUCAGGCUAACAGCGCAGGAGACCCUGGACGAUCUGGGCUCCCUCUGGGACGUCUCCCCCCCGGAGCUCAGCACCUCCGAGUCCGACCGAGGCAUAAACAAAGCCGCGCACGUCCCACUCGCAUAAAGGCGGUCAGCCAUUCUAUGCGAUCCGGGAGCAAACGUUAAUGAGCUUUUCCCAUGGUGGACCGCUCAUGUGAAAGCCGAGCCUGCCCUUUCCCCUCCUUGCCUGGGGAAGACAUUACCUCUGUCAGGGCCUUGAGGCUUGUCUGAGGACUGUUGUUCUUGAAUGCUUGACAAGUCAUUAGGGAAAUGGCUCUGUUCUUACUGUUGAACUGCCACAAAGGAACUGUUCCAUGUUGUUUGUGUUUGUUUUAUGGGAGGGUCUUGCGACACAAGGUCAUUUGCUUCUGGUUUAGACUGUACGUGUGGUAUGUUUAUGUUAGCACUGUGACUGUGGCCACAGGUCCGAAGUUCCAUAGGGACAUUG